AUGACACCAGGCGCGCUUCUGGCACUGGUCAUUUGUCGCCUAGCGCUCGCAGAGCCUCUCCAAGAGAUAGAAGAUUCUAAGGAAGAUCCAAAAUCCGCGCCUACCGUGGAGCUACUGAUAUCGUUGCUGUCAGGAGCAGCGGACUCUAGCGAGCGACAGAACCGCGCACGGCUUGACGAUGACGGGCCAUUCAGCGACAUACCCGACAGUGCCUUCACGCUAGACGAGGGGAUUCGCGUCAAUUUGGACCCUGCACCGCUUCCAACCCCUGCUUCUAAGUGGGACGAAGCUGACGAUGAUAGACUAGACUACUAUCAGCCGCGGUCUAUUUAUUUGGGCAGCUCGAAACAGCAAAGUGAGCGGCCCCCAGAUGUGUGGCGCGCCUGUCAAGGUUUAGCACGGGAGCGGACCGGCCCGGCAUAUGAUGUGCUACUGAUGCUGUGUGCUGAAUUACUGGAUGCGGCCGCCCCGCCCAGCGCACAGCGAGGACAAUAUUCACCGCGUGCCACUGACCCUGUGGACUCCAGUACGCCAUGCUCGUGUUGCACCGAGGCGUCAAACCUGGAGCAGAACGCGCGACGUGACUUCAUGCCGAUGGGCGACGAUGCCGACUUGGUGCUGCGGUACAUCAGGGCGCCGCGCAGACGGCACCCGGUGAUAAUGCCACCGCCGCCGUGGGCGGGUGACAUACAAGACUAACUAGAUGUUGGUUGAUAGGCUCAUCCAUAUUAUGUUACUUGAAGGUAGACUUAAGAUAUAUGAUUAAAUAAAAGGUUUAGUUUUCUCGUUUUAAUAAAUGUUCCUACUUAAGGUAAGCGUCCACAUGCCGGCAUCGUACGCAUUCCAUAUGAGGUUAUCAGUACGCAUCGCAUGUAUACAUUGCCGAUGAUGCAGUCCGUACGAUGCGGAUCAGUGGACGCAGUUGUAUGAGUUUCUAUACAAGACAAACUAAAAUCCGUUGCGUGCGAUGCGUACGACGCGGGCCUGUGGACGCGUACCUUUACUCAUAAUAAAAUAAUAUUAUCUUCUCUA